AUGACUUUACCUGAAUCCAAAGAUUUCUCUCAUUUAUACUCCGACGAAACAAACGCUCGUAAACCUUCUCCAUUGAAGACUUGUAUCCAUUUAUUCCAGGAUCCAAACAUUAUCUUCUUAGGUGGUGGGUUGCCCUUGAGUGACUACUUCCCAUGGGAUAACGUCUCCAUCGACUCUCCAGCUCCACCAUUCACAAAGGGUAUUGGUCAUCCAAUCAGUGAAUUGUCCAAUGAUGAAGUUUGUAAAGUCGACUUGAAGAAGGACGUUAAAGUCCACGAAGGUGACAUCCCAUUGGCUAGAUCUUUGCAAUACGGGUUCUCUCAAGGUCAACCUGAAUUAUUAGAAUUUAUUAGAGAACAUAACAAAUUGAUUCAUGACAUGCAAUAUGAAGAUUGGGAUGUCGUUGCCACUGCAGGUAACACUAACGCUUGGGAAUCCACUUUAAGAGUCUUCUGUAACAGAGGUGAUGUCAUCUUGGCCGAAGCUCAUUCUUUCUCCUCAUGUUUGGCUGCUGCUCAAGCUCAAGGUAUUACUACUUUCCCAGUCCCAAUUGAUGAUAAGGGUAUCAUUCCAGCCAAAUUGGAAGCUAUUCUUGAUAAUUGGACUCCAGGUGCUCCAAAACCAAAGUUAUUAUACACUAUCCCAACAGGUCAAAAUCCAACCGGUACUUCUUUGGCUGAUGAACGUAAACCAGAAAUCUUCCGUAUUGCCCAAAAGCAUGAUUUCUUAAUCAUUGAGGAUGCUCCAUACUACUUCUUGCAAAUGGACAAAUACGAAAGAGAUCUACAAAAGAGAGCCGUGACAAGGGCCCAACCAAGAGAAUCUCAUAAGGAUUUCUUAGCUUCCCUAGAUAAGACUUUCUUAUCUGUGGAUACAGAUGGUCGUGUCAUUAGAUUAGACUCAUUCUCUAAAGUCUUGGCUCCAGGUUCAAGAUUGGGUUGGAUCACUGGUUCUAAGAAGAUUCUAAAGCCAUUUGUUUCAUUACAUGAAAUGACCAUUCAAGCACCAGCAGGGUUUAUUCAAUCUGUUGUGUCAUCCACUUUACAUAGAUGGGGACAAUCUGGUUACUUGGACUGGCUACAAGGUUUACGUCAUGAGUACACUUUGAAGCGUGAUUGUGCUAUCGAUGCCCUACAUAAGUACAUUCCUGAAAAUAAAGCAUUCGUUAUUAAUCCACCUAUUGCCGGUAUGUUCUUCACCGUCAAUAUUGAUGCCUCCACACAUCCUGAAUUCAAAACCAAGUAUGAUUCUGAUCCAAAGAAGGUUGAGCACGCAUUGUAUGAAAAAGUUAUCUCUCGUGGUGUCUUAGUGGUUCCAGGUGAUUGGUUUAUUACUGAAGGUGAUACCGUACCACCUCAACCUGCUGCUUCAAAGGAAAGAGAAAAUCCAAAUGAAAUUUUCUUCAGAGGUACUUACGCUGCUGUAUCACCUGAGAAAUUAACUGAAGGUUUGAAAAGAUUGGGUGAAACUUUACACGAAGAAUUUAAUGUUUAA